CGGCAACGUCCAACUGACGAAAAGGAUACACAGAAGCAGGCACCGGAGUUACGCCGGUUAACAAGCUACAUUUCUACUAAGCAGAUCAUUUACUUCACUAUAUAACACACACUCCUUUGUAUUUUGAGCUUGGGGAACGACAACUCAGGAUCAAGAUGUCGUAUAUGCUCCCGCAUCUCCAUAAUGGCUGGCAGGUUGACCAAGCCAUCCUGUCUGAGGAGGACCGAGUUCUUGUGAUCCGCUUCGGACACGACUGGGACCCGACGUGCAUGAAAAUGGACGAGGUCCUGUACAGCAUCGCCGAAAAGGUAAAGAAUUUUGCCGUCAUUUACCUGGUGGACAUCACAGAAGUGCCUGACUUCAACAAGAUGUACGAGUUGUAUGAUCCCUGCACCGUCAUGUUCUUUUUCAGGAACAAACACAUCAUGAUUGAUUUGGGCACUGGUAACAACAACAAGAUCAACUGGACAAUGGAGGACAAGCAGGAGAUGAUAGACAUUAUUGAAACAGUGUACAGAGGAGCAAGGAAAGGACGGGGUCUGGUGGUGUCUCCUAAGGAUUAUUCUACAAAAUACAGAUAUUGAUUUUUAUUUUUGAUUCCCCUGAUUUUUCCUGAUUUCUUGUUUUGUGACACAACACAGAGACUACAAGUUACAGAAGUUAAAGGAGAUCUUUUACAAAACAUUUUUGUUUUCACCUGCAAAGCAAGACAGUGUUCUCAUUAAUGAUCAUGAUUGUGUGACAUUGUGCCAUUUGUGCUUUUUUAUGUGUGUAGAUUACCAUUUUAUUCCUUUUCUUCAACAUUAAAUUUUCUUUUUCUCAAAAAAAAUUAUUUCUGUCCACUAAGUGCUGAACAAACCAGACUCAUUCAUAUUUAAAUGUUGGAAUAAACACAGAUAUUUACAUAGAUAAAUAUUUGUUGUAGAUCAUCUCUGUUGUUCCAAACUCCUUUAGUAAUGUUUGGCUAAAAAUGUCGUACCUGCAUUGUACAGGCAGUGGAGGCAUGUAUUUGUAAAUGCAGCCGCCUAUAAUAAAUAUUUCAGAG